GCGGGCGGGGCAUGGAGGCCGUGGCGCGCAGUUCGGAGCGGGCCGGGGCCGCCAUGAGGAGCCGCGCCGAGGUGGACGCCACGCUGCAGACGGCCAAGCUGAACCCGGCGGAGCUGCUGCCGGCCGUGCACUGCCUCAGCUUCGGCCCGCAGGCCGGCGGCGGCGAGUGCUGCCUGCUGCAGCUGGAGCCGGGGCUGUGCGCCGAGCUGGAGGCGGGGCGCAGCCUAAUAAUUCGUGGUGAGAAGGAUGAACACGCAGUGUUGUGCAGCAAAGAUAAAACUUAUGACAUGAAAAUAGCAGAUACCUCAAAUAUGCUGCUGUUUGUUCCUGGCUGCAAAACUCCAGAGGAGCUGAAUGCUGAUCAGGCAUCUUGUAAUAUUAUUCAUUCACAGAUUGCUGGUUUCUCCAAGAACUAUUGGGAAUUAAGGAGAUGUCGACCAAAGCUGAAGAAACUGAGGAAGCUUUUAAUGGAAGAUCCAUAUGAAGGGCCUGAUAGUCAGAAAGAUCAGGCUUCAACAUUUUCAAAGUAUACAACAGAAGAUUUGUUAAGUCUCAUUCAAGCAAGUGAAGAAGAAAUACUCCACCAAUUGCAGGUUAUAGAUGCCUGCAAAAUCGAAGGAUAUUGGAGAAUUCUAGACUUUGACUAUGAGAUGAAACUCUUGAAUCAUGUGACUCAGCUAAUAGACUCAGAGUCCUGGCCUUUGAGUAAGGUUCCUCUCUGUGCCUGCCUUGAAGAACUUGGAUCUCUAGAACCCAGAGAGAUGAUAGAACACAUUCUUUUAAGCUACGGCAGGAAAUACGUUGAUGAUGCAGGGGAGGUUUUCUUUGAAAUGCAUGAAGAUAAAGUAUGCAGAGCUAUAGCACAAAUGCUUUUGCAGAAUGCAGUUAAAUUCAACCUGUCAGAGUUUGAAGAAGUCUGGCAACAGAGUGUCCCUGAGGGGAUGACCACAAGGCUUGAUCAGCUUCAGGGCUUGGCUCUUGUGGAUAAAAGUUCCAGACCAGAGACCAUCUUUCUGCUAAAAGUGGAAGACUUACCUGAAGACAAUCAGGAAAGAUUCAACAGCUUAUUUGGCAUACGGGAAAAGUGGACAGAAGUGGAUAUUACCCCUUAUAUACAAGACUUGUGUGCAGAGAAGCAGACUGUUGGUGCUCUUCUGACAAAAUAUGCUCGCUCCUCAAUGCUGGAUGGUGUAAAAGUUUAUAAUUCCAGAAGACCUAUCUCAUAACAAGUAUUGUUUGAAGAACUGAGGAUACUGAAUGUAGUAACAGUGAAUGUUGCUUGCUGCUGCCUUCUGGGGAGAAGAGUGGCCAACCACCAUUGUACAGUGUACUUGAGUUUAAGCUAGGCUGCUUGAACAUGUGUCUUCUGCUCAGCUAAGGAGAGUGUGAGGACACUUGUGCCCUCUAAGGAAUGAUAUUCAGCUCACCUUCCUUUGCCAGACUUCUUUGCCAAUCUUCCUUUGCCCAACUUCUACUUCUUGAAUACACAUAAUCUGUUUAUCUCUAAGUCUGAAAUGAAAAUUUCAAACCUCCUUGAUAAUAAUUCAAUCAAUUGAAUUGAAUAGCAAAAUGGAAAUUUUAGUCUUCUGCCCAUUAUUGGCCAUUCUUAAAGAUUAAAGUUUCAAUGCAGUGUUCCCAUUUUGAAUAGCACAGAGCUCAUCAAGCUCAUGAACAAAUCAUUCCUCACUGAGACUACAUCACUCUUGAUUUUGAAAAGUGGGUCUUUUUAAGGUAAUGUCUAUGAAAAACAUCAGUACAAGCACCUGACAUUUUAAUACUUGGCAGAAUGGCCUUAUAUAUAUUACAAAAAAUCCUAAUUGCAGUGAAGUGUGAAUAUAAGCGAGUAGUUGGAUACAUUGUGUUACAAAUUUCCUAUAAACUGUCAUUAAAAUGUGGCUGAGGUAAAACUAAUGCUUUGCAGAAGACUACUUGUGCUUUUUUAAAAAUAACCUACAAAACUUUGUAAUACAAUUAUUUUUUUAAAACUUCUUUAGGGCAAAUGACAGCACAUAGAAAUUGUGCCUUGAAACCUUACAGUUUUGUAAUGAUAAUAUUGUUCUAUGUAGAUCAAUGAAACAGAGUGUUUUUGUGAU